AUGGCGGACUCAUCCAUCUCUGUGGCUGGUAAGUUGCAUACAAAGGCCCAGUGCCAGGGAUGGCUUCUACAAGCUGACCCACGACCCUUCCCUUCCGUACCCGCAGUGCGCAUCCGACCCUUUAGCGCAAAAGAGGCUGCCCAACUCGCACCAGAGGAUCAGCCAGCCCCUUUUCUAGGUGAUGGAGGUCUAUCAGUAGGCUCACCUGCCAAAGCUGGUCCCAGCUCGGGAGCUCGCACGCGCUUCUUGCGUCCCAUCAUUCAGCCAGUCGACGACAAGGUCUUGAUCUUCGAUCCACCCGACACUAACCCCAUCUCGAGAUUGCACUCGAACUCGUUCGGCGUGGGAGCAAAGAAGUACAAAGAUGUGAGGUACGCGUUUGAUCGUGUGCUCGACCAGCAUGUAGGACAGGAGGAGGUGUUUCAGGUCACAACGAAACCCCUGCUGGAUGGCAUCCUCAAUGGCUACAAUGCGUCGGUGUUUGCCUACGGGGUGAGUGCACGACCCGUUGCGUUUGAAGCAAAGUUCGGCACUUUCUCACAUUGAGCCCACGGCCUCUGUAUCACCCUAAAGGCUACAGGAUGCGGUAAGACACACACGAUCUCGGGCAGUCAAACAGAUCCAGGCGUGAUCUUCCUGACGAUGAAGGAGCUGUAUGCCAGGAUUAACGAUGUCAGAGAAGAGAGCGAAGUGGAUCUUCGUCUGUCUUAUCUCGAAAUUUAUAACGAGACCAUCCGCGAUCUUCUCUCUGCCGAGCCAACACCCGCUGCUGGAGGAGGACUGUCACUGCGGGAGGAUAGCGCCAACAAGAUCAGCGUUGUCGGCAUCACCGAGUUGACUCCUGAAAGUCCAGAGGACGUUCUCGAAGCCAUUGUGGAGGGCAACAAGCGCAGGACGAUGAGUCCCACAGAAGCAAACGCAGUUUCUUCUCGCUCGCAUGCGGUGCUGCAAGUCAACGUCACUCAGAGGCCCCGGGCUUCCGGCAUGACUACAGAAACAACUAGCGCUAGUCUGAGCAUCAUCGACCUGGCUGGAUCAGAGCGCGCCUCUGCGACUGCCAACAGUGGCGCUCGCAUGAAAGAAGGUGCUAAUAUCAACAAGAGUCUCUUGGCUCUCGGCAACUGCAUCAGCGCCUUGUGCGCGACUGCUGGCUCUCGACGAGCACACAUCCCGUACAGAAACAGCAAGCUCACCAGACUACUGAAAUUCUCCCUUGGAGGUAAUUGCAAGACUGUCAUGAUUGUGUGCGUCUCGCCUUCUAGCGCUCAUUACGACGAGACACACAACACUCUAAAGUACGCCAACCAAGCCAAGAACAUCAGGACCAAGGUCACACGAAACAUGCUCAACGUCGACAGGCACGUUGCACAAUACGUGCAAGCCAUCCACGAGCUUCAAGAGGAAAACAAGGAGCUCAAGCGAAAGCUUGAAGAGCGCGGUGUGCUGGAAAAGGAAAGCGAGAAAAGAAAGCGGGAAGAGGUUGCGCGAGAGCUGGACGAGGCUAGCAAACGUAUGCGCGACAGCACAGACAAUGUGAAGCGACAGAUCAUCGACAAGGCUCACUACCUUGCUCAGAUCGACAGUGCGACCCGGCGCUUGGUACCACUGCGCAGCGCUCUCUCGCAGCUUCCAGUCGAAGAGCAGGACGGAUCAGCUGAAGCUGCUGCUGAGCGAGCCUUGCUCACCGCGCUCAUCAUCCGCGUCGAAGCCAGGGCCAACGAUGCUACUGCUCUCGAAUCGGCUCGCACACUCGAGAAUAGCGUUCAGAUGCACAAAGGAGUGGUACACGCUGCUACGCACAAUUACAAGCUCGACAAUGACGCCACGUUGCGCAUUCGCGCUCAAGGUGACGCUUUGCUGCGUGAAGUAGAGACCGCUCGCGAGACAAGGCUCAACGAGACCCUCAAGCAGGAUAUGAACGUGACUGCUCAAGACUUUGCGCACGCUGUCGCUGCGGCAGCACGAGCUACAGCAGUUCUCAAGGAGGCGGCUGGAGAGCUUCAAUACCGCUCUACCAACAUCGAUGACGCCAAGCUCAAUGAAGAAGAGAGCAUCAAAGACUUCCUCGCUCGUCUUGCAGCUUCCCAUCGGGCUGUUAGCGCUGUCAACGACCAAGCUUUUGAAUCAUUUGUAGGCGCAACUACGCCUGUCGCCCACCCUGCGCCGCCUGAGAAGCGCAGGGUCGUCACUGGUCUGCGCCCUCAACGUCGAUCCAACCGUCCUAGUAACGGAGGGCUCCGCUCAAUUCCCAACAUCGCCAUUUCUGGUCCCGUACCAUCUGGCUCGCCGGGUCGAGGACCUGCUCGCCGAGCCCGGCAAUCGCUUGCAUUGCCUCGAAUCGCUGGCUCGCCGUCGAAAGCAACAAGAGUAUCCACGGCUAGCGCAUCUUUGACUGCUCCAACGGCGGCGAGCAUUGCUAGAGCUCAUCUGGUAGCUUCGCCACGCAAGAGGGGGCGCACGAGUGCUGCCGGUUCGAGGAGACAGAGCUUCUUGGGACCCAACCGAGCUGCAUCCCGGCCAAGCAGCGCACUCCCUAUCGCCGUACCAGAGAAAGCGAAGAAAGCAUUCAGAUGGGCAGAUGAAGCAGGAGAAGGAUACAUCGAUGAUGCUCGUCAUCUACACUCGGUUCUCAGUGCCGCAGGCAGCAGCAGCACGGAUUCGCAACCAGGCUCAAGCGCCGACGGCAACAGCAGCCCGUCAGCGGCACACGCACUUGCGCAAGCAAGCGCUGCAGAGCCAAUUUCAGCGGUCUCCUCAAGCCCAGAAGACCCAGUAAGCUCGGGAACAGAAUGGGAAGAUGAGCUUACAGCGUUGAUGGGCCCUGUCGUACCUCGUAGGACGACGUCUGCUGCACCGCGCCCGCCUGGUAUGUCAAGCAGUGGCAUAUCUGCAAGCAUCUUCGACCGCAACGCUCUCGCGCGCAGAGCCGCGACCAAUGCCGCGACUGCAUUCAAUGAUAGCCCUGCCGAGCAAGAUAUUGCCCGUCAAAUGGGCUUGACCUUCCCCUCUUCGUCGACGAUGGGUGCAAUUCCCCGCGCUCGUACCUUUUCGGUACCUGCGCGUCCUGACGCCUUGCCACGUCCCUCGCGCGCUCCGUUCGCCGAGCUCAGCGUGCCUUCACAAGAGACUACGGAGAUAGGAGCGGUGCGCUCGAGCCCUUACAAACGUCCCAGAGACAGCACUGUGGGACCAAUUCGAGCUCGAAAAGGCAAGCGCAGCUCUCUGCCCCGUCUAGCUGAUGCCGUCAUUGGUGGUCCACGAUCGAGCGGAAGUCCUCGAGUCGCUUCCGGCCCUGCCAGCUUGACUCACUCAAACACAACUACUAGAAUGGGUCCUCCGAUGAACACCGCAGCGCGUGCAGGGCUGCGGGACAGCGUCACAUUCAACCAUCCCAGGAGCACGGGCGACGUCAGCCUCCAGAGCGCAGACAUGUCGAACUCCUCCGUCUCCUUCGCCGGUGUUCCGCCAAGACAGAGGACGGGAUCUGGUCUAUCCUUUGGCGGCAACAAGAACAACCUCAACCUCAAAUCGGGCGGUCCUCCCAACUCUUUCAGAAUCACUGCCGCUCGCUAG